CGUACAAUAUAAGAUAGCAAUGGCUUUUCAAGAACCAGAAGCAAACAAGAGAGGCUCCAACUCCAACUUCCCAAGAACUGAAAAGAGAAUUUUAAGGUUCAAAAUGGGGCCUUUUGCAUUAGCUUUGGAUACAAAGAAUUCUUUUGCAGCCUCCUCUUCUGCUACAGAUGCAUCUGGCAGAAAAAUGGAUAACCUUCAGAUGGUACCAAAAAAGUUCUUUGCAUCAAUCAACAAUGAAGAAGAGAAACCAUUUGAUUUUCUACGGAUACUAUUUGGUAUGUCUGCUGAAAUAAUAGUAAUUAAAUGAUGAUAUUGGAGCAUU